GGUUUCUUGUUGCCGGGAGUAGAAGAUAAAGUGAUCAGUGUGAAUGGACUGAUAAGUCUAAUAGUGGAAUGAGAGACUGGAUAACCGAUAACCAGAAGAGAAACCCCAAAAGAAGCGACCAAUUCCUUCGAUUCCUUCCUUAUUAUCCCUCCGUGGAAAAAGAGAAUCUCAUAUUCCUUCUGCACAAUUAGGGAAAUAAACCCCUAAAACCUUGUCCUGCCUGCAAUUCUGUAAUUGAGCUUCUUUUGGUUUUAAGUUUUUUAUAAUUAUUCUAUCUCCUUCCUUGUGCGCAUCUGGAGAUCGUUUCGUAUUUUGCCUAUCUAGAACGAAGGAGAGCUUUCUUGAGCGAAGAUGGCAUCUCUGACAAUUCCUUCGUCCCCGAAUUCCUUUCAGCUUCGAUUUGGUUCUAGAUGCGGGAAAUCCCGUGCGUUAUUUGUGCGGACGCAUUCCCGUACUGUAUAUCGUCCAAUUCGUUCAUCUGCCGACACUGGUAAUGUGGCGGACAGAGAUGGAAAAGAGCGGAGUCUUCCCAACAAUUCGUGGAUGAAUUCAAACUCUUCGGCUGAAACGUUUUCCGGAUGGCUUGGUUCAGAUUCUAGUAGCGAGCAGGGGAAGCGUGGGUUUGGAGGGAUUGUUGGAGCAGGAGUGGCAGGAAUUGUUCUUGCAGCAGGAGUCACCUUUGCAUCUCUAUCUCUAAGCAGGAGGAAUACUUCUGCAAUAAAACAACAGAUGGAGCCCUUGAAAGUGGAGCAGCAAGAGCAACUGGCUUCUAGUGAUCAGAAUGAGAAAGUUGAACUGGGAAAAAAUGCAGAGAACACCAUGGUUCCAGAUGAAGAAAUCCAACAGAAAGAUUGCAAUCCAGAAAGAGAGACAGGUAUAAAUAAGGAUUCUUCUUCAUCUUCAGAAAUUAUUGAAGCCACUGCUGAAAGCAAACCUGACAAUAAUAUUAGUAUGGGGGCGACAUUAAUGGAAAAUGCUGAAUCUGCUUCCAGUGGUAUUGAUGCCAUUAAUGAUGCUUCCAGUCAAGAUUUGCAAUUUAGUCCAGGUUUUGAUGAUGUUUCAGUACCCACCAUCCCUGUUCCAAGCUCAGAUAAAGUGUCUAGAUCUGGUGUGGUUGAUGAUGGUUCUUCUGAUGCUCCUAACUUCAAAGGGACAGGAGAUGACCCAGCUGCUGAUCCAACCGAGUCAAAUAUAGAACUUCAAGUGCAAACAGUUGCUGCCAACCUUGUUAAUCCAUCUGUGUCGUGUAUUGAUGCAACAAAUGUUAAUUCCAACCAGGAUGGAAUCUCCUCAAGUGAAAUAGAAAAUUCCGAGGUUCCUUUUGAUUUUUCUGGUUCAACUAACCAGAUUCCCAUUGAAUCCUUAGCUUUGGAUAAUUCGGUUAAUUCAGAAUCAUAUGUGAUCUUAGAUCCCCAGCCUGAGUCCAAAAAUGUCAUAGAGUCUGCAAACCUUCUUACAAAUGAGGAAAAUCUCAACCCCAGCAAAAUGCUGGAGGCCAGUAGUGAAUUCAUUAGUUCACCUAUAGAAGUUUGUCUAAAUGAAAACAGAUCAUCUGGAUCAACAGUCCCCUCAGUUUCUUCUGAUCAAUAUGCAAGUGAACCUGAUACAAAUGGAAGCAGAACAUUAUAUGAGUCACCAAUUCCUGGGAGAUCCUUCUCCUCUGCUGGGAUACCUGCUCCAUCUUUAGUUUCUGCAGCUCUACAGGUCCCUCCUGGAAAGGUUUUAAUUCCUGCAGUUGUUGAUCAAGUUCAGGGACAAGCACUGGCAGCAUUGCAAGUUUUGAAGGUCAUUGAGUCCGAUGUUCAACCUGGUGAUCUAUGUACACGUCGUGAAUAUGCUCGUUGGUUGGUCUCAGCAAGCUGUGCUCUUUCAAGGAACACAGUUUCAAAAGUAUAUCCUGCUAUGUACAUAGAGAAUGUCACUGAACUUGCAUUUGAUGAUAUUACACCUGAGGAUCCUGAUUUUGCAUUAAUUCAAGGCUUGGCGGAAGCUGGGCUUAUAUCAAGCAAGCUUUCAAGACAAGACAUGUUUUCUUCUCCAAAUGAAGAACAGAAACCAUUUUUGUUCUCCCCUGAGAGUCCCCUGUCACGUCAGGAUCUUGUGAGUUGGAAGAUGGCCCUAGAAAAAAGGCUGCUACCUGAAGUUGAUAGAAAGGUUCUGUAUCAACAGUCUGGAUUUAUUGACAUUGAUAAGAUAAAUCCAGAUGCAUGGCCUGCAAUUCUAGCCGACUUGGCCAAUGGAGAACAGGGAAUCAUAACACUUGCCUUAGGUUAUACAAGACUGUUUCAGCCAGACAAACCAGUCACAAAAGCCCAAGCUGCUAUUGCUCUUGCAACUGGUGAUGCUGCUGAUAUUGUUAGUGAGGAGCUUGCACGUAUUGAAGCAGAGUCAAUGGCUGAAACUGCUGUUGCUGCUCACAAUGCUUUAGUAGCUCAGGUUGAAAAGGAUGUCAAUGCAAACUUUGAAAAGGAGCUUGCCAUGGAAAGGGAAAAGAUAGAUGCUGUUGAGAAACUGGCUGAAGAGGCAAGGUUGGAGCUGGAAAGAUUAAGAGCUGAAAGAGAGCAAGAAAAUGAUGCCCUGGUGAAGGGACGGGCUGCUAUUGAAUCAGAAAUGGAAGUGCUUUCAAGGUUGAGGCAUGAAGUGGAGGAGCAAUUGCAGAGCCUUAUGAGUAACCAGUUGGAGAUAUCAUUUGAAAGGGAAAGGAUUAACAAACUCAGAAAAGAAACAGAAAGCGAAAACCAGGCCAUUGCCCGUCUGCAAUACGAGCUGGAAGUUGAGAGGAAAGCUUUGUCCAUGGCCAGGGCUUGGGCAGAGGAUGAAGCUAAAAGAGCAAGAGAGCAAGCAAAAACUCUGGAAGAAGCUAGAGAACGGUGGGAGAGGCAAGGCAUAAAAGUUGUUGUUGACAGCGAUCUCCAAGAUGAUGCCUCUGCUGGGGUCACAUGGCUCAAUGCAGGAAAGCAAUCUGUAGUGAGCGGAACUGUCAAUCGAGCUGAGGUCUUGGUAGGCAAGCUCAAAGCAUUGGCAGGUGAAAUUGGAGGGAAAUCCAAACUUGUAGUAGAGAAGAUAAUCGAGAAGAUAGUCUCAUUGAUUUCUGUUUUGAAGGAGUGGAGCACAGAUUCUGCCAGGCAAGUCAGAGAACUUCAAAGUGCUGUUGUAUCAAAGGCGUCUGAAUCAGUACAAGAGUUACAGCAAAGCACUACUCAAUUUGGUAUUACUCUCAAGGAAGGGACAAGGAGGAUAGCAGAGGAUUGCAGGGAAGGAGUGGAGAAGCUCACCCAGAGGUUCAAGACAUGAAACUAUGAAAGCUCUCUUCUAUGUUCCCAAUUAUUUUGUUUGUAGGGGAGCAUCGAUUAUUAAAAAAAUAGAAAUGAAUUUUUCACUUUUUUUUUCCUUUCUUUUUGUUUAAUCCUGCGGAACCAGGGAUUUUGCAUUUAACAAUUUCCUGGGUGAAAAGAAAAAAUUGCACUUGACGAAAUAGAUGAAAUAAGUGCUGUUCAUCAUCAUAGAGAAGUGAAUCACCAAUAAAUAUUAUCAUAGUUGCCGGAUGGCAUAUUCUCUCUGUGAUAUUAUUUUUCC